AGUUGCUGCUCAACGCUGCUCGCAAACGGUUCAGUUCAGCAAAUCUUUGAAAGCUGCCACGCCCCGCCGAGAAGCACUCGAUCGAACUACAGAGUUCGCCUUCGUAUCGGUAUCAUUGUACGUAGCGCAUCCCAGAGACCGGUCCGUCACGUAUACGUCGUGCCGUUCCCGUUCCCGUUGUCGUUGUGAUUGUCGCUGUUGUUGGCAUGGUCUAAAGUUCAAAGCCCACUGUUGAUCCUUAACAAACUGGUAAAAGUUGCUGGCACUCAACUUGAGCUGGCCCAAGAGGCAGCAAGAGCAGCCUUGAAGGAAAGGAGGAGGAGACAGAAGAAGAACGGCGAGCGAACAAACCCAAACAACAUUGGCAACAACAGAGCCAGAGAAGAAGAAGAGCAACAACAACAACAACAACAACUUUAGUGCAUUUGAAUAUCAUUGCGGCCAUAGCCCGAGGGGCAAUCAAUUGGAGGCAGAGUUGUAAUGGUGCACUGGCGUGUGGCUUUUGAGAGCGGCUGCGAGGAUCACAAUCUCUGGCUCAGCCAGGAGCGAUACGAGUACACGCAGAGCCAGCACAGAUAGAAUUUAACGGUAAACGCCGCCAUACAUUAUAUCCGCAUACGCAUACGUAUACGCAUUCGCAUCCGUGGGAUUACCAAAAGGUGCAUUCAACUUGCCACAAAGCGCAUUCGCAGGCGCUGAACAUAUGCCAACGAUCUCGAUCUCAGCUACAGCAACAACAGAAUAACAACAAUUUAAAUAAAACCACAAAAGAAUCAAAACAUUUCGCACAUAAAAAAACGAAAACAAAAAACAACAAAAAACGCGCGUGCAAAAUUUUGCGUUGAAAAACUGUUUAAAGUUUUCGAUUGGUUCUUGUUAUUAUUUUUCUUAAGUGUUGUGUUUUUUUUUUGUUGUUUUGUUUAAUGGUGUUCUCCUAACUGUAAAUGUGAAAACAGAAACGAAAACCAAAACGAAGCAGCGCACGAGAGAAAGCCAAACCAAAAAAAACACGAAAAGUAAGCGUCAAAAGGAGCAAAAGGAGAACUAGAACUUGAGAUAGACAGAGAGGGAGCGCGCCAGACGGACGGACGGAGACCACAACAAUUUCAUCAUGGUGCUACAGAACCACAACACCGUGGUGGCCCGCUCCACGCUGACGCCGAACAGCAGCAACCAGAACUUCGGCUCUCACUCGCAGCAUGGCGGGCAGACAGUGGGCGGAGGACGUAGCCCAGUCAAUGCCGGGCCAGGUAACCAGCGUCCGAUUGUGGAUCUGCUUGUGGCCAUGGUGGCAGUGCCGGUUCUGAUACUGUGCGCCCUGCAGCUGGAAAAGAAUCUGCAUGACAUGCACGACAGUCCCGAGUCCCGCUGGCUGGUCUUUGCCCUCGGGAUCGGCAUGCUGGUGAUUAGCGUGAUCAUCUGCGGCUAUGUGACACAUCGCAUGGGCGUCUGCAUUUGGGCCGGGCCCAUCGACGAGGCGGGCAAUCGUGCCGGCAAUGGCGCACUGCAUCACAUCAACUCCCAGAAUGAUGUGCUACGCAUUGUGGACUCCUUGCCGCCGAGCUAUGACAGUGUGGUGAAGUGUGAUCUGCCCCCGCCGCCUUACGACUGUGUGGUGAUCGAUGUGGAGCAGCACAAGGACAUGCAGCCGCAGACAUCCGCCAAGGAUGAGCGCCUCUCUCAGGCGGCAGCCGGUGCCAUUUCUGUUGCCAUGCCAGGUGCAACGCUGCACAUCUGAACGGAUUGGUGGCACCAGAGAGCUGAUGCGACCAGAGAGCUGAUGCGACCACAAAAGAAGAAGAGGAGAGAGAAACAAAGAGAUUUUUCGCUUGUGGCAUUGAAAUUGACUAGAAAUGGAAUUUGUACUUCAACUACACUACGCUAACGCCAUCUAUCGGUGGCCUCUGGCUAUUGGCUAACCAAAUGGCGUUGUAUUUACUUCGAUUUAAGAUCUUAGAGUAUUGUAUAUCCGUGUACAUAUAUGUACUUUAUUUUUUUUUUUUUUUUUUUUUUUUUACUUGGUCUAUGCAGCAUUGUAAAUAUUCCUAAACAGCAUCUAGUCCAAAAUUGUACAUAACCUAAAACACAAAAAAAAAACAAGAACUAGGGAUCUAGAGAAAUGCGAAAUACAUUUUGUAUUUACUAGUUAUUUAAAUGCCGAGAUUGUAAUGGGAGGAAGGGGGCGACAGAUGGCAGGGGGGUUGCAUAGUUGCAUAGCAGUUAUCAAUUACCACAUAGUCUGUAGUUUUAUAAUUUAUAUACUUAAAAACAUACUAAAUAUAUACAAUUACCUAUGCACAUGAAUAUGUAUGUGCCUAUCGAGAAUUUGUACGCAUUACUUAUUGAAAAAGUUUACUUUUUAGCUAAUUUCCAAAAUAAAGAAUUCCUAUUAAUAUUAA